AUGGAAUCAUCGAAUUGUUCCCGUGAUGAGCUGAUUAGUCGACUCGUUGACUCCGUCAAGGAAAUUUCUGGGUUUUGCUCUUCGAAAGGUUUCUUCGGGAAGAUCCAAGGCGAUCUUGUUCGUAGGAUCACGCUUCUCAGCCCUUUCUUCGAGGAAUUGAUUGACCUCAGUGUGGAAUUGAUAGAUGAACAGAUUACAGGUUUCGAGGCUAUGAGAAUCGCUCUUGAUUCAAGUCUAGAGCUUUUUCGAUCGGUCAAUGGAGGAAGCAAACUUUUACAGAUUUUCCACAGGGGCUCUGUUAUGCAGAAGUUCCACGACGUGACAGCAGAGAUAGAGGCAGCGUUAAGUCAGAUUCCUUAUGAUAAGUUCGAAGUAUCAGAGGAAGUCAGAGAACAGGUACAGCUUCUGCAGUUUCAGUUCAAGAGAGCAAAAGAAAGACGGGAUGAGUUCGAUGAGCAGCUUAGGCAUGACCUAGCCAUGGUUGAGACUGUGAUGGAUCCUGACCCUAAAACCCUCAAGAGGCUGUCACAAGAGCUCCAGCUCAGCACCAUCGAUGAGCUGAAGAAAGAGUCGCAUGCAAUACACGAGUAUUUUCUUUCAUAUGACGGUGAUCCCGACCACUGCUUCGAGAGGAUGUCCUCGCUUCUUAAAAAGCUUGUAGACUCUGCAACAAUGGAACGUUCAGAGCCCGAUACAUCAUCCACUGGCAGCAAGAUCAUUCCGAGACAUCGUUCUCCUGUUAUACCGGAGUAUUUUCGGUGUCCGAUAUCACUUGAACUGAUGAAAGAUCCAGUCAUCGUCUCCACUGGACAGACAUAUGAAAGAUCAUCCAUCCAGAAGUGGCUUGAUGCUGGUCAUAAAACAUGUCCGAAGUCUCAGGAGACACUCUUGCACUCUGGAUUAACUCCUAACUACGUGUUGAAGAGUCUCAUUGCUCUGUGGUGUGAGAGCAACGGUAUCGAGCUCCCGCAGAAUCAAGGGAGCUACAGAACCACGAAACAAGGAGGAGGAAGCAGCUCCUCAGAUUGUGAUCGAGCAUUUGUACUUUCCUUGUUAGAGAAGUUGGCCAACGGUACUAUGGAGCAGCAAAGAGCUGCAGCUGGAGAGCUACGGUUACUAGCCAAGAGGAAUGCAGAUAACAGAGUUUGUAUCGCUGAGGCUGGAGCCAUACCACUCCUUGUGGAGCUUCUGUCCUCACCGGAUCCUCGGACGCAGGAGCAUUCUGUGACGGCUCUUCUCAAUCUCUCCAUAAACGAAGGUAACAAAGGAGCCAUUGUUGAUGCAGGAGCCAUAACGGAUAUAGUAGAGGUGCUGAAAAACGGAAGCAUGGAGGCUAGAGAGAACGCAGCUGCGACCCUUUUCAGUUUAUCUGUCAUAGAUGAAAACAAAGUCGCAAUAGGUGCUGCAGGAGCCAUCCAGGCACUUAUAAGCUUGCUUGAGGAAGGAACACGAAGAGGCAAAAAAGACGCUGCGACGGCGAUUUUCAAUCUGUGCAUAUACCAAGGAAACAAAUCAAGGGCGGUUAAAGGUGGCAUCGUUGUUCCUCUGACAAGACUACUGAAAGAUGCAGGUGGUGGGAUGGUGGACGAGGCUCUGGCGAUUCUUGCGAUUCUUUCGACGAACCAAGAAGGCAAAACAGCGAUAGCUGAAGCAGAGACGAUCCCGGUUUUGGUUGAGAUAAUCAGGACGGGGUCGCCGAGGAACAGGGAAAACGCUGCAGCGAUACUUUGGUAUCUGUGUAUUGGGAAUAUGGAGAGGUUGAAUGUAGCGAGAGAGGUUGGUGCAGAUAUUGCCUUGAAGGAACUUACUGAGAAUGGGACUGAUAGAGCCAAGAGGAAAGCUGGGAGCUUGUUGGAGCUUAUUCAGCAAAUCGAAGGUGUUGCAGUUUCAACUGUUCCGUGA